CAGUAUGUUAAGCCAUGAUUUUCUGCGGUUUAAUGCAGUAGCACUAGCAACUGUCUUGGUUGGCGCUGUUACUCAAGCUGAAUGCUUCAAUUUCAGUUAUCCAAUUUUCAAACCACAAAAAGGAGAUGAUUUGACGUUCUUCGGAGAUUCAUAUAUGGCUUCUGACACCAUCCAGCUAACACAAAAUGUUUUAAAUAAUGGAGGAUGUGGCCGGGUCUUUUAUACAAGGCCUUUGAAGUUGUGGAGCACAGGCAGAGGCACAUUACCUUUUAAUUCCACCUUUGUGAUCAAUAUCACUCCCCUCACAUAUCCAGGGGGUGAAGGCCUGGCUUUUAUCUUAACCGGGCAUGCGGAUAUUCCAGCCAACAGCGUAGGAAAAUGGCUUGGGAUUAUAAGCGAGAAUACAAUGGGGUCAAGUACAAGGGGAGCUGUGGCAGUAGAAUUUGACACCAGGAACAGCUACCCAGAGGACUUGGAUGAUAACCACGUCGGCCUGGAUCUGAAUAGCAUCUACUCAAGAAAACAAGAGAGUUUAAGUGUCAAUCUUUCAAGUGGUAUUGAUAUAAAGGUGAAGGUUCAAUAUGAUGGGCAAGGCUUGAGCAUUUUUGUUGGGGAAAACAGGAGCGUUCCUGUAAUUUUCGAGUCACUUAAUCUCUACGACUAUCUACCUCAGAAGGUUUAUGUAGGAUUCUCAGCUUCAACUGGAGUUUAUGCACAGAUCAAUUAUGUGAAGUCAUGGGAAUUCAGUGGGUUGGAACUAUAUGAUGAUGCCCCUAACCUGCUAUGGGUCUGGAUCACGGUUCCUGGGGCAAUAGGUUUGGUUAUUGGAUUUUCUGCCUUCCUGUACUGGAAAUGGCAACGCAAAACCAAGGAUCAUGUGGAGGAGGAGGAUGAUCCAGGGUGGUUUGAGCUGCAGAUUCAAGGCUCAUCCACGGCUCCAAGAAAAUUCAAAUUGAAAGAACUGGAAGCUGCCACAGAAAACUUCAAUUCUGAUAACUUGCUUGGCAGAGGUGGAUUUGGGACCGUCUAUAAAGGAGUCUUGGUAAAUAGGGAGGUAGCUGUGAAAAGAUUUUCAAGGAAUUCACAUGAGGGCAAGCGAGAUUUUAUAGCAGAAAUCACAACAAUCAGCAACCUCCAUCACAGAAAUCUUGUGAAAUUAUUGGGAUGGUGCCAUGAGAGAGAUGAACUGCUUCUGGUGUAUGAGUUCAUGCCAAAUAAGAGCCUCGACAUGCUCAUAUUUUGCAAUCAGAAUCACGGAGUAGAGACUAACCCAGUUACUCUGAAUUGGGAAAGGAGGCAUGCUGUCAUUUAUGGGGUGGCACAGGCACUGGACUACCUUCAUAAUGGAUGUGAGAAGAGGGUGCUUCACCGAGACAUAAAGGCAAGCAAUGUAAUGCUGGACUCAGAGUUCAACGCCCGAUUGGGGGAUUUUGGACUGGCUCGAACCAUCAAUCCUAGUGACCAAACUCACCAUUCCACCAAAGCAAUUGCAGGAACGCCUGGCUACAUGGCUCCAGAAAGUUUUCUUAUUGGGAGGGCAACAGUUCAAACAGAUGUUUACGCAUUUGGUGUCCUGGUACUUGAAGUUGUCUGUGGAAGAAAACCUGGAAGACAAAGCAUGCAGAACAAUUAUAACAGCAGCAUUGUGGAUUGGGUAUGGGAAAAUUACAGGGGAGGGAGCAUUCUGGAUGUGGUAGAUUUGCAAUUGAAUGGGGUUUUCAGCAAGGAGCAAGCUGAAUGUGUAUUGGUUUUGGCACUGGCUAGUUGUCAUCCAAAUCCAUUCCAGAGGCCAUCCAUGAGAACUGCCUUGAGGGUUCUUGCCGGAGAGGUUGCUCCACCAGUUAUCCCCAUGGACAGACCUGCUUUUGUGUGGCCACCUGCAAUGCCUCCGUCUCUCAACGAGGAUUUGGAGGACUACCCUUUCAGUGGAGACCAAAAUACUCCAUCUUCACAACUGAUUGGGAGAUAAAAAAUCAGGACAAAAUCUGAGUCAGGAGGUAUCCAUCUUCUAUAUAUCAGUACGCUUCAUGUUAAUUUUUCAUUAGUUACAGUAAUAGCUUCACUGAUGCUUCAAAUUUUCUUUGCUUUUCAAGGCAUCAA